AUGCUGACCGUAGCUAUUUUCGUAGCAGGACUAACUGCAGUGCUGGCGGAAGGAUAUGGAUCCAGAUGCUUUGACUGCAACUAUGCCCCAUCAGGCUACAGCUACCAGUCCGACUACUGGAAGCGUUCAACUACAGCUGGGUAUGAAGGAUGUGCUCUAACUAACUAUGAUGAUGCUGAUAACCUCGACAAAUGGUCCUGUGCAUCUGGUACAUGCUUCAUUCGCAGAGACAAAAAUGGAAUUGUGUACCGUGGCUGUGCCAACAAGGAGAAUCUCCCCCUUGGAGUGAACCCUUACAACAACUGCCAGUAUGUAAAUGGAGCUCAAUGGUACUUCUGCAAGGGAGAUCUCUGCAACAAGGGACAAAUUGGAAGCUAUGGAUUGUGCAGCUACAAACCAGCAUACAGAGCCCACAGUUACAAUCCAUGUGAUGGCAAAUGCUAUGGUAACCCCAGUGGACUCUUCAAGGACAAUUAUAACCCAUAUGGUUUCAUCCAGUGUGGAUGUGACUUCAAAUAUGACGCCUACAGCAAGACCAGGAAGGCCUGUAUCUGCUGCAAGCCCCUCCACGUCAAAUGCCCCAAGGGAACAGCUUUCAAUGACUACGCCAAGGUUUGCGACACCGCAAGCUACCAUUAA